ACAACUCAUUGCAUUCCGUUCAUCCGUGGGGGUGUUGUCGUUCGUUUCCCUUUGGUGGAGAUUAGAACCGAAACCCUAAUCGGGCUGAUUACCGGGAACGGCAUAAGACGGAGAAGAUGUUGAGAUUCGCAGGAAGGAGGCUAUCUUCUCUUUCAUGGAGGCCAACCUAUGCACCAUCGUCCGCCUUCGUUUCUAGGAAUUCGAUCAACGGUUGUGAUUCACCUUCCGAUGGCUCCAGAUCCGUGAUCGCACCCCACGCUUUUUCUCUCAGCUCCUCGUUCCUGGAUCAAGUCAGAGGAUUUGCUUCUGAUUCAGUGGCUGCUCCCCAUGAAACGGGUAUAUUCUCCGACCUUCCAGCUACUGUGGCUGCUGUCAAGAAUCCCACCUCAAAUAUUGUGUAUGAUGAGUACAAUCAUGAGCGUUAUCCUCCUGGCGACCCCAGCAAACGUGCAUUUGCAUACUUCGUCUUGACUGGCGGCAGGUUUGUGUAUGCUUCAUUGAUUCGUCUCCUGAUACUCAAGUUUGUCUUGAGCAUGUCUGCCAGUAAAGAUGUUCUUGCACUUGCCUCUCUGGAGGUCGACUUGUCCAGCAUUGAGCCCGGUACAACCGUCACAGUCAAGUGGCGUGGUAAGCCAGUUUUCAUCAGGCGUAGAACCGAGGAUGACAUCAAGCUGGCUAACAGUGUCGAUGUCGCUUCCCUGAGAGACCCACAGGAGGAUGCCGCCAGAGUGAAAAACCCUGAAUGGCUUGUGGUUGUCGGGGUCUGUACCCAUCUAGGGUGCAUUCCAUUGCCGAAUGCUGGUGACUAUGGUGGUUGGUUUUGCCCGUGCCAUGGAUCGCACUACGACAUAUCGGGAAGGAUCCGCAAGGGACCGGCACCUUUCAAUCUGGAGGUGCCCACUUACACCUUCUUGGAGGAUAAUAAGUUGAUGGUUGGGUGAAAGUCGAGUCUUGAAGAAGGGGGUUGGGGGGGUAGGAUUUCUGCAAUUGCGGAAUCUGGUGUUUGGUUUUUGGAUAAUUUCUUGGGAAAACCUUAAAAAAGCCAAAAGGUUAUUCUCGGCAAAUUUGUUAAUUUUCUCAUUCUGACCUAUUUACUGAUGCUUCAGGUGAUCUGAACCUUGUAACUAGUCUUGGUUGAAGACGGGCAUACAUGUUUUUGAAUAAUUAUUCAAUUGACUUCUUGACUUUUCGUGUUUGGCGGUCUGAACGUUGCUUUG